GGUUCUUGUACUCAUGUUUGUUUUCAAUUCUCUCUGUAAAGGAUGUCCAGUUUUGUAGAGCCUCCAGAUAUAGUUAAGAAGUUGUCCUGGGUGGAGAACUAUUGGCCUGAUGAUGCUCUUCUGGCUAAACCAAAAGUCACCAAGUACUGCCUGAUUUGCGUGAAGGACAGCUACACAGAUUUCCACAUAGACUCGGGAGGAGCUUCUGCCUGGUACCAUGUUCUGAAGGGAGAAAAGAUAUUUUAUCUCAUCAAACCAGCCUCUGCAAAUAUUUCUCUUUAUGAACGCUGGCAAUCAGCAGCAAACCACAGUGAGAUGUUUUUUGCAGACCAAGUAGAUAAAUGCUACAAAUGCACAGUUAAACAAGGACAGACACUCUUCAUUCCAUCAGGUUGGAUUUAUGCAACUCUAACACCUGUAGACUGCCUGGCCUUUGCAGGACAUUUUCUACAUAGUCUAAGUGUUGAAAUGCAAAUGAGGGCGUAUGAAGUAGAAAGACGGUUGAAAAUCGUCAGUCUGACCCAGUUUCCAAACUUCGAAACUGCCUGUUGGUACAUGGGAAAGCAUCUACUAGAGACAUUCAAAGGUUUGCAUAAAGCUGGGCAACAGCCUCCUGCUCAUUUACUCCAAGGAGCAAAAAUUCUCAAUGGUGCUUUCAGGUCAUGGACUAAAAAACAGGCUUUAGCAGAGCAUGAAGAUGAGCUACCAGAAAACUUCAAACCAGCACAACUUAUCAAGGACCUUGCCAAAGAAAUAAGAUUAAGUGAGAAUGCUUCAAAAGCCAGCAAAGCAGACACGAGUGCCAACACCAACGCUGAGGAGAUGUGUCCUGUGGAGAAGGAGGAGACACCGUCACCCGUCCAGGCAAUGCCUCCACCCCAGCCUGUGGAAAAGCUCCCGAAAAAAAAGACUCCCAAAACUGUGAAAACUCCCAAACAACUGAAGCCAUCCAAACCCCCUAAACCUCCCAAGCCCCCGAAACCCCCUAAGCCUCCCAAAACACCAAAAGUUAAGGGAGAAGGGAAAAAGAAAGGGAAGAAGGCAAAAGAAAGUCCACCACCAGCCAUCCCCAAUCUGGACUUGCUGGAGGCACACACAAAGGAGGCUUUGACAAAGAUCGAGACACCAAAGAAGGGGAAGGCUGCAAAGAACGUUCUAAGUGCUCCCAAUAAGGAAACUGCUACUAAGCAGAAUGAGGUGGAGAAAUUUGAAGUUCGAGAGCAAAAUAAAAGCAAAACAGAAGCCAAAUGGAAGUACAAGAACAGUAAACCUGAUUCACUUCUAAAGAUGGAAGAGGAACACAAAUCAGAAAAGACACCUUUGUCAGGAAAUAAGGACAACAAAUUUACAUUCUCUUUCUCUAACAAGAAGUUGCUUGGUUCAAAGGGAGUCAAACCCCAGCUGAACACCAGCGUGUUUGGGUCACUGCAGAAUUUUAAAGAAGACAAAGCAAAACCUGUACGCGAUGAAUAUGAAUAUGUGUCAGAUGAUGGUGAACUAAAAAUUGAUGAGUUUCCAAUCAGGAGGAAGAAAAACACUACAAAAAGAGAACUGCCCUUUUUGUCAGAUAAAAAAGACACUCUGCAGCACACUCCUGUUAAGAAGCCAAAGGUGGAGUCAGUAUCAUACAAGAGUGAUGACUCGUCAGAUGAAGAUCUGCUUCAUAUUGACACAGAGGCAAAGCCGGGGCGCAAUUCCAAAGUAAAGAAAGAGAGUGGAAGUUAAGCAGGAAUUCUUGAUCUUCUACAGGCAAGCAAGGAAGUUGGGGGUUUGGAGUAUAACACCAACAG